UCCGCUGCCACCGAUAUCCGACGGCGACGAUGUCUCGGCUUCAUACUCCUCGUCCAAUGUGACGCAAAUAAGUCGUUAUCCGUAAUGCACGGUGCCUUGUUCAAGCAUGUCCACAGCUCCACAAGGACCUUCUCGGUCCUCGAAACGCCGCGGUGGAGAAGAGAACGGUAUCGGAAAACCGCCCCAGAAACGGCGCCGACGAGCAUUCUCCUGCCUGUCAUGCCAAAAGUUGAAGUGCAGAUGCGAGUAUGACACUGGCGCGCAGGGUUGUCACCGUUGUCAAACAUUGAGAAUCGAAUGCUCUCUCCGCGGAGAAUAUGCGGUGUCACCGUCUAACUCUACCCCUGCCGAGCAACUUAAUUCUAACGUCGAAGAAAGGCUUCAACGUUAUGAAGAUGAACUACGUGAGAUCAAGUCCAUGAUUAAAGUCCUAGUACCGGGUGCUCAACCACGCAAUGGUCGAACGCAGGCCGUCAGGGAUUCUACUUACAAUGGCAAUGAAUCUGUGCCACACACGGAGCAGCGGAAUCCUAGCCCUGAAUUUCUCUCGGCCCCUGCAGAUAAGGGGGCCCAAACUGCGCCGGUCGUCGUGCUAAGGUCGAUAUCACAGCAAAUAACGAGAGGAUGUAGAAGGUUAUUAGGUCACAUCAAUAUUGACCUUGUGCAGCUCCAGCUGCUUGACGAACAGACAGCAACUGAGCUGCUCCAACUCUUCUUUCGUUACCAAGGUCAUAACCUCCUUGUCUGCGGCGUCGAGGAUCUGCUUGCAAGUAACGAGACCCGUACAGUAUCUGACUUUUUGCGCAGUGUCUGUUGUCUGAUUGGCGUCGUAUAUCGUGACGAUAUAUGCGGAACACCAAUACACAGGCAGGUCUACGAACAAGUUCGCGUCACUCUUGGUCAAGCUCUCCUGACCAGUCCAUUGAAUCUCGAGGAGAUCAAUGCCGUGCUGCUCAUGAGUAAUAAUGCGAAUAGCCCAAGUAGUAACGGGGCUGAAUAUGUCGAUAGUUGGCUGUUGACCGGCUACUGUGCUGGGCAAGCAAUGCUCAGCAUCAGCUUCUCGAAGAUAAUCAACAACAUCAAGGAGGGGACGAUGACCGCCGAGGACCAGAGAGCUAUUCACCUGUGGUCUAAGAUCUGCCUCCACCAUCUUCAUUGGGCUGCGACAACAGGGAGACCAUCGAUCAUACCGACCCAAUACAUCGACCAGUGCAAUAUUCUUCUUAGUUUCUAUCAAGCCACCAUGCAGGAUGGGAUGCUUGUCGCCGAAAUAUUUUUAUACUCAACAUUGCAUCAAAAGCUCGCUCACCAAUCAUAUCUCGGGGACGGUGGUGAGUGCAAAGAGUUUCUGGCGUGGAAAGAAAAAUGGAACCAUCUGUUAGGUCUUUCGACAUCAUCGAUGUUGCGUAUUGGGUACCAUGCUGCCUGUCUUAUUUUGGCCGUGAGAUCUUUAGAAGAAGUGGGACAGGGGUUACGGCCUCGCGAAUUUCUCUCAGGAGCAGAUGGCGACGACGAAAGCGACGGCGAAAAUCAUACCCCAAGACAUCCGAGACGAACCAAAGAGAACGACGGUGACAUUUUGCGAGCUAAUGCGUGCAAGUAUGCCAUGAUCGUCCUACAAACUUUCCUAGAAAUGCCGUCUUUUCUCAUGGACGCCGUCCCAACUUGCCUCUGCCUUUGCAUUGGUUAUUGCGCGUUACUUCUCGCACACCACGACGAAGCGCAAUCGAAGGUCUCGGAUCAAAUCAGCCUUGACCUGAUCACCCGGAUCGAUCAAUGGAUUAAGACCUCGCCAGGUAAAGCGUGGUCUUACAAAUACGGCACGCUUGCCAAGCACAAGAUAGAGUCGCGAAUGAACGGUGGCUCAACCUCAACAGGUUCUGGUCAACCAUCAAUGAGGACACAUGUUGAGGAUCAGAGAGUUUGCCAGGAUAAAUCUAGCGUACCGGUUGAGCUUGAUGGUCAUAGCACUCGCAAACCCACCCAUGAGACCGUGGGGUACCACACGAAUGAGGCGUUUGGAUCAAAUGUUCAGCAACUCGAAUCUGAGUCUAUAUUCCAAUCGUUUGACAUGUCUGAUAACGCGAUAUUUCCUAGCAUGGAAGAUUUCUUUGGUGGUGGCUUUUUGGAUUUCGUGGGGUGAAGUUCAAGUUGUACUUCAAGCAUUUCUUAAACCCAACGUGUGCAUUUUUACCCCUGAGGGCCGUUACCUUGGUGAAAAGCCAAUUUGAAGCCAGAAGUCCCACAAGCAAAUGAGACAACGAGUCAUUAAGAUAAAUAAACCCCUUGACCUAGAGCCUAAGGUCCUAAGACAGCUUGAUGAAGUUUUCUGUACAGAUACUCGUUUGAUGUCAAUCGCUCGAAUUUCCACUAUCUAAAUAAUGACUUCCCUUGCCAUGAAGCGCUGCAAAAGUUAAGUAUUUGCAGCACCAACAGCUACAACGCUAAGAUAGAGGAAUAAUCCAAAAUGCUGAGAAUCCAUGCCUU